ACAAGAUCAGCCUUAACUUUCCCCCCCACUGUUGCCAAUGGCGGUGGUCGUUUAGAGGCUUCGGGUGGAUAAUAUAUUAUUACAUAUCCAUCUAUCCAUUUUCUACCACAUAUUUUUAAUAUAAAAACGUUAUCAAAGAAAGUGACUCGUGAAACUACCGUCGUGGAGGACUCCUGAGUGUUUUUUCCUAUGGAUGAAGUCCAAAUAAUGAAUACUGAGUGGACGAACAAAAACCUCCGGGAUCUUCUGACUGCUAUAAAGACAAACAUAUCGGAAAAAGACAGCACAAAGGCAUACUCCCAUGUACUCAAGAAGCUCGACUGGGAGAAGGUGGCGUUCCCUCCUUUCCCACCCAAAGAGUGUCAAAAAAUGUGGAAACUUCUGUCACAAACGAUGCGUAAAGAACGAACUCUCACAGAGCUUGUGGAGGAAGCUGCAGCGGAACUUGGCAGUUCAACCAAAAAGGGAAAGCUACGUCUCCAGAAAAUAAUCAAGCAAGAAUCCAAAGGAAACGCCGUUCCAGCCAAACCACCCAUGAGCGGUUAUAAUCUGUACUGCAAAGAGCAGCUUCCCUUCAUGCAGGGCGUUGCCAAAAAACAGUAUGUCAGCACAUGGGCCCAACGAUGGCGCGCGCUGAGCGAUGACGAAAGACGCAGCUUCAACAUUCGCUGUCAUAAGAUGAAGAAAGAGUACACCAAUAAGAUGAACGACUAUCUAUUGACUUUGGACAGAGACAAGCAGCAGACGUUUCAAGAUGACUCUGGUAACAAAAGACCAACACCUGUCAGGAAGAGGAAAGUGUGGAUAAAGUCUGUGAAAAAGUACCGAGACGAGCCCAAGAAGUCAUCUUGUUCGGGAUACAACAUUUUCUACAAGAAAUACAUGGAACAACUAAAGGAGGAGUUCCCCAAUCACAGAGAGCGCUUUGUCCACAUCAGUCGCCUCUGGAACCAGCUUAGCAAUAAGGACAGGAGUGACUAUCAAAGCCAAGUGGAAAAAAAUAUAAGGAAAUAUGCCACAAACCUGCAAAAGUGGUUUAUGACAUUGACAGAAGAAGAACAGAUGGACUAUCGUGCUUCUAACCCAAGUAAAUGUCCUUACCUGGUAAUGGAUGUGUCACAUAACAACACAGAGGAUCCAAGCUUGUACAGACCAUCAGAUUCAGAAGAUGAGCUCAUAGAAUUGAGCAGCAGCGGUGAAGACAAACCAUAUCUUGUUUUAAGUGAGGACUACUCGGAGGAUGACGAGGACAUUGGCGAAACCACCUUUGCUAUGUUUUAGAUCAGGGGUCGGCAACCUUUACUACUCAAAGAGCCAUUUUGACCCGUUUUACAAAAUUAAGAAAAUGUCUCGCCAAAUUUCUCCCCCCCUACAAAAACCUCCCCCCCAUUUCCUUCUGGGGUCAUGAUUGAUACAGACGUUUUGUUAACGCUACAUUAUAAAAAUAUAACGCUAUAUUAUAAAAAUAUAAUGCUAUAUUAUAAAAAUAUAACACUAUAUUAUAAAAAUAUAAUGCUAUAUUAUAAAAAUACAGAUGUUUUGUUAACGCUAUAUUAUAAAAAAAAACAAUUUACAAACACAGGCUAUUGGAUGACGCAAAAGGAAACGUUAGGAAACGUGACCUCGGAAGUAAAUGCGUCAUCCCAUAGCUUGUGUUUGUAAAUUGUUUAUUUUUAAUUUUUUAUAAUAUAGCGUUAACAAAACGUCUGUAUUUUUAUAAUAUAGCGUUAUAUUUUUAUAAUAUAGCGUUAUAUUUUUAUAAUAUAGCGUUAACAAAACGUCUAUUAAUCAUGACCCCGGAAGUAAAUGGGGGGGGAAGGUUUUUGUAGGGGGGGAGAAAUUUGUCGUGACACCGACAAUGGGAGCCACGACCGUUCUCACGAAUACCUGCUGAUGGUCACCCACAAAAUAAUAAUAAGGGGGAGCUAUGAAGCCAUUGCCUUUGACGCCUUCUACAACAUGUGCUAACAGCUUGCCAGCCCAGCAACAUGUUGUAUGUGGCUUCCACAGACAGACGUGCACGACUGCAGGCAUACUUACUCAACAGCCAUACAGGUUACACUGAGGGUUGUGAUAUAAACAACUUUAACACUCUUACUAGUGUGCGCCACACUGUGAACCCACACCAAACAAGAAUGACAAACACAUUUCGAGAGAACAUCCUCACUGUAACACAAAAUAAACGCAACAUAACACUUACCCAGAAUGUCAUGCAUCCAUGACUCUUCCAGGCUAUAUUAUACACCCCGCUAGCACCAAACCCCCCCCCCCCCUCCGUGCGUCGGUUGAGGUGGGCGGGGUUGGGGCCGCGGGGGUGUAUAAUAUAGUCAGGAAUAGUCAUGGAUGCAAAGGAUUCCGGGUAUUUUUUUGUGUUGCGUUUAUGUUGUGUUACACUGAGGAUGUUCUCCCGAAAUGUGUUCGUCAUUCUUGUUUGGUGUGGGUUCACAGUGUGGCGCAUAUUAGUAAGAGUAGAAAAGUUGUUUAUAUUACAACCUUCAGUGUAACCUGUGUGGCUGUUGACUAAGUAUGCCUUGCAACCUCGUACGUGUGACGAUAAAAGCAGCGAAAUGCAUGCGUCCGGCCGGGACGCAGAUAGCAUGGUGUAAAGGCGGGCGAGAUGACAUGUUGUAGAGGACGUUAAAAGUAAAGCCAUCACAGCACGCCCUCAAUAUUGUAGUCCAGGUGAAAGUCGGAGAAUGUUGACCCUGGGUGAUGUCCGGGAGAGGCACCAAAAUCCGGAAACCCCCCGAAACAAUCGGGGGGGGGGGGUUCGGCGAUUAUGCAGCUGAGCCACAUCAGAGUGGCCAAAGAGCCGCAUGUUGCCGACCCCUGUUUUAGAUGGAGCUGGACACUGCAGUAAAACUAUUAUUUUGAUUGUCAUGAUCAUCAUUUAGGAUUUUCAGGCGCUACUGUGUAGUGUUACCUUGACUAGUUCACCUUCAUGCUUUUGAUUUUUAUCAAUGCAUUUUAAAUUGUUUUAAAUAUGGAUAAAGAUUUGUGGAUGCAAAGUUAAUACUGUGCUGGAAUUAAAUUUUUGUGUAAAUAGAUUUUUUUUUUCAACACAAUCUUGUUUUUGUGACAAAUUAAAUUCCUAUGACAAUGAAAUACAGAAUUUAAAUGUAAAAUGAUUUCCAAAUAAAUUAAUUGAAUUGA